GUUUUUUAUGAUAAAUAUUUAUGCAUACAUUUUUAUCCUAUUAAAAAAAUGCUUAUGAUUUUUCAUAUAUAUUCUUAGUUAGGUAUUGUAAUCACAUAUUUAAGUUAUUAUCCUAAUUGGUUUAAAAAAACCACCUAAAAAAGGUGGCUCCUAUUUUUCACCCAGAAUAUUAUAAUAUGGUGUUUAUUUUUGAAAUAUUGAAACCUAAAACUAUAUUAUAUAUCGAUAAAUGCCUUUAAUAGAUAAUAAAUCCAAUAUUAAUAAAAAAAAUGACUUAUCACCAUUUCAAACUUCCAAAAUACCAUUAAUCAAUGGGCUGCGAAAUAAGAGCUUCCAUAUUGCAAAUGAUUUAUCAUUACUGCCAUUGACAAAUGAUUCCAUUCAAUGCAGUGAUAAUUGUGGAACCAGAUGUUUAAAGAGUAAAAAUAAUGAUCUUAAUGAAAUCAAUACUAAAGUGUGCUUGUCAACUUUAAGAUAUCCAAGCAAACUCAAUGGUAUCUUAGAUAAUAAAUUGAUAACAUCUAAAAAUGUUAGUAGGAAUAGUCACAUGAAUAACCCAAAAAUUGGUCAUAUUAAUGACAAGGUAGUAAUAUCUCCUCUUUAUAUCAAAUCAAAGAUUCCAUCUUUAACUCCUAAAACCACAUUCAAUCAUGUAAAAACAAAUAAUCAGACUACACUUUCUCUAAAUCUUUAUUCCCAAAGUGUCAGCAGAAUUAUUACUUUUAAUAAAGACACUAAAGAUAAACAUAAGAAUGUAACCCCUUUUAACAUUGAAACUUCAAAAUCACUCCCAAAAACUCGAAAAAAUUAUUUGCACUCUAAUAAAAUUGAUCUAUCUAAUACCCAUGCCUCUUCAAAAGCAAAAGGGGCCACCCACAAUGUUAAUGACAACCAUUAUAAAUUAUUACCUUCACCUUCAAAAUGUAAAUCUUCUCAAAUAUCAUCUAUCAAUUAUACUGUAUCAUCCACCCCUAAGAAGAAACUCACAUCUUCACUCAACUCUCAGAUCAUAAAUUCUUCUCUCAAACAAGAAGGAUCCUUAUCAUCCAAUAAUAUUUCAUUGAAUAUUUCUUCAAACUUGUUCAGAAAUUGCGAUGAUGAUAUAAGUGAUUUAAAUGGUUCUAUAUACUUAACCUCCUCCAUGCCUUCAUCUAGGGAGGAGUUAGAUGAUAAUAAUAAUGAUGUGAGUAGCUUUGAAACAUCUUUUCCUUCAUUUUCCAUUGACCCUAGUAACUCUUUCAAAGGAAAAGGUCUAAAAUCUAAUUCUCCUACAUUAUUGAAGCCAAUAUCAACAUCCACAAAUGAAUUGCCUCAUAUGACUGCCUUUAUUAAUAAUAAGGAGUCACAAUUUUUUUUAGAUGAUCUAUCAUUUUCAAAUAUUACGUCUACCAUAGAUGAGCAAGAAAUUGAUGGUGAUGAAGAAACAGACAUUGAAAAAAGUAUCAAGGAAAUGCAAGAUAUGAUGCUCAAGUUGAAUCAUGAAAAUGAGGAUGACAUUCGAUUAUAUAACAUCAAAAAUGAGGAUCUGUUGCCUCGCACCACAUCUCAAUUGUCAUUCAAAAUAAGUCACCCUAAAAAUUAUGAAACAUCCAUUGCACAUUGCUCAAUCACCAAUAACAAAAAAUACUCAACCAAAAAAGGUCCCAGUCUUCCGCAUAAUAAUGAAAAUACACUCUUUAAAAAUAUGGAUGAUUAUAUUCCGAUCCUCGAAAAAUCAAUCGCUAAUCGAAUAAACGGAGUAACAAAAUGUGACCGUCAAUUAUUACCGAAUAUGGGUGUGAUUGUUAUCAAAGAUUUAGACUUUGCUGAGACUUUAAAAGAAUUAGCUGAGAUUAAGCUAAAUUUAUUUGCCUUGAAACUGGAAUUAGAACAAAACCAGCUCUCAAAUUUACCUAUCAUCGAUAGUGAUCGUUUUGAAAACUCUUUAAACUUGGAUUCUUUCAUGUCGGCAAAUUGGCCCCUGACUCCUUCCUUAUUUGAUAGUGGCGUUGAUGGAGAAAACUUGCCUAACAACAUGACCUCGAACCUACUCCUAGAUUCCGUUAAUAACAAUUCGAUGAAUAGUUCUUUGAACGCAUGUACCCAAACGGACCUAGAAAAUUCGUUAGUCAAAGAUAAUUAUACCUACGAUUCUUCCACCUACGAAAUCAGAAAAGGUUCUAUUCAUCGAACUUCAAUAAAUGACAUACAUUUUGAUUCAACUCUUUGACGAACAAAUUAAUGAUGCACAUACACCAUUAACAAAUUUUUAAAAUAUUAUUUUCUCUAUUACCACCAUUUCUUAAAGUAGUUAGUCGCCCUUUAGAGAGAAACUGUCUAUAAUCAGGAGAAGAAAACAUUUAAUAAUAAGAGGGGGAAAAAUAAUAUUUUUGAACUUAACAUUUUCCUAAUGUUUUUAACUUUUUAUACUAAGCUUUUUUAGUAAAAAAAAUAUUUUUCUUUUUAGUUGAUCUAUUAUAUAAAUCUCAGAAAAAAAUUAUAUUAAAUCAUAUUUAUUUACGCCUAGCUUAUGAGCUAAGAAUCAUUGUAAAUAUGAAUUAUGUAUACUAAAGAUGAAAUUUGCUCCAUUUUUGAAUCACGUGAUAAAUGCGCUAAUUGCAGCUAAAAUGUUAUUAACUUUAAUAUCGAUGUAAUUUAUGCCAACCAGAAAGAUAAUUUAUUAUAAUAUUAAUAUUUUAAUGUUUAAUCAUUUAGUCAAUUUAUCAUAAAUACUUCUUCCUAAAAAAUAUAAAUAACUAGUCUACAGAAUCGAAUGAUAUUUAUUUAUUUAAUUUAUCAAUUUUAGAUUCUCAUCAUUAUUUUUUUAUACAUAUUAUUUAAUUUAUUGUAUAAAUUCUAUGCGGUAUGUUCAAGUAUAUUGUAGAUUAUAUUUUAUUGAUAAUGGCUUAAAAAAUGCAAAUAUUAAG